AUGAAAGAUCAAGUAAAUAUGCAAUAUAAGAUUAGCACAAAUAUAUUAGAAUUGAUGAAAAAGGAUCAAGUGGUCAUUGAGCAAGUGAACGGCCAACGCAAAUUAAAUGGACCACCACCUGGUUGGAUUGGACCACCUCCUGGACCAAGAACUGAAGUUUUUGUUGGGAAACUUCCAAGAGAAAUUUAUGAAGACACUGUUUACCCUUUCUUCGCUGCGGCUGGCAAUAUAUAUGAAUUAAGGUUAAUGAUGGAUUUUUCUGGAAAUAAUCGUGGUUACUGCUUUGUCACCUAUGCAACAUCCGAGGAAGCCGAAAAUGCCAUCAAAAUGCUCAAUGACAAAGAGAUUAUUCCAGGGCGAAAAGUUGGAGUAAUCAUGAGCAUCAAUAACUGCAAAUUAUGGAUUGGACGAUUACCAAAAUCAAUCAAAUCAGCGGAAAUCAUACUGAAAAUUUGUGCUAAAACAGCAGAGGUGAACAAUGUCUAUGUCUACAGAAAUGGGAAGAAUGAAGCCGAAUUUUCCGUAGUUGAAUAUAAAUCACAUCGAGGAGCGGCUAUGGCAAGGAGGACACUUGUUCCAGACAAAAAUAAUUUAUUCUUUAGCAGUGUCAGUGUAGACUGGGCAAAUCCAGACAUAUCGACGUGUAAUAUGACCACCCUAUAUACGCCUACUGGUUACUCCUUAGUAGAGGGGAAUCCCCCGCCUUUAAAACACAGUGUGGUGCGAAUUCUCGCGAUCUAA